AUGACGUCGGCUAAUCUUUCCAGUUUUAGAUUACUUGAUGCCUUGUCAUUACAAGGCUCUUUUCUAAUGCCUUAUAUGUUCGACAUUCCAGCUAGACCAACAAACUUAUUGAAUUUAAUCUUGGCUAAACUUUUAGUCAACAUAGUCAGCAACCAUAUUUUCAGUGUUGAUUGA